AUGAUUGAUUAUUCUAAAUAAAUAUUAUAUAUUUUAAUAUAAUUAAAUAUUAAUAUAUUUUAUAUAAUAACAAAUAAAAAUAAUUUUUAAUAUAUUAAUUAAUUCAAAAUUAUAAAUUACAUAAUAAUAUUAAAUAGAAAUAAAUAAUCAAAAUAAUUUAAUAUAUAUAUAAAUUAAAAUAUGAAAAAAAAAGAUAUAUGUGUUAUAGGAGGAGGAAUAAUUGGAUCAACAAUAACAAGAGCACUAUCUAAUAAAUAUCCAUAAUUAAAAAUAUGCUUAAUUGAAAAAGAAAAUUAAAUAGGCUAGCAUACAUCAACAAGAAACUCAAGUGUUUUACACUCUGGCUUAUAUUAUAUUAAAAAUUCAUAUAAGGCUUAAUUUUGUAAAUAAGGAAAUGAAUAAUUAACAAAAUAUAUAAUAGAUAAUAAUCUACCAUUAAAAAAUACUGGUAAAUUUAUUAUUGCUAAUAAUGACGAAUAAUAUUAAAUUCUUUUAGAAUUAAAAAAACAAGCUGAUCUAAAUUAAAUAGAAUAUUAAUGGUUGACUUUUUAAGAAGCAGUUAAAAUCGAAAAAUAUCUUAAAGAUAACAAAUAAGGUUAUAAUUAUUUAUUUACUCCUACUACUAAAGUAAGUGAUAGUAAAUCUGUUAUUCUUUCAUUUCAUAACGAUUUGAAAUAAUAAAAAAAUGUUGAAUUAAUUUUAAAUGAAGAAUUCGAUAAUUUAAUAUCUUAAAAAGACUACACGAACCUUUUUUCCUUAAAAAACAGUCUAACAGGUUCCAAACAAACAAUUGAAUCUAAAUAUAUAAUAAAUACAGCGGGUUUAUAUGCGGAUAAAAUCGCAAAAUAAUUCGGUUUUUGUUAAAAAUACACUAUUUUACCUUUUAAAGGUCAUUAUUUAAUACAUAAAUAAACACAUGAUGACAUUAAUUCCCUAAUAUACCCCAUUCCUCCUAAAAAAGGUAAUUACUUUUUAGGUGUACAUCUCACAUGUACCAUUGAUAAUAAAAUAAAAUUCGGUCCUAGUGCAUUUCCAGCCUUAUAUAGGGAAUAAUACGGCGAAAAAGGUAAAAAAAUAACCCAAAAAGAAAUUACGGAAUUCCUGGAAAUUUUAUAAGUUUACUUCUGGAAUAUGUGUUCUCCAAAAGCCUCUUUCUAUCUUAAACACGCAAAAGAAGAAUUAAAGAAAAUAUACAAGCCGUAAACUAUAAAAGAAGCCUUAAACCUGUUUACUCUUUUUGAUUAAAAAGAAGUCAAUUUUUUGGGAUUUCCAAAAGGAGUUUAUUAAGAUUUUGUAGAUGGAAGACCUGGAAUUAGGGCCUAAUUAAUCAAUUAGGAGACUAGGGAAUUGGAAAAUGACUUUAUUAUUGAUAAAGACUAAUUAAGUAUGCAUUUACUUAAUGUAGUCUCACCUGGAUGGACUUGUUCAUUGCCUAUUGCUGAUUAUGUUUGUGAUUUGAUUGAGAAAUAAAAUAUUUUUUGA